CAUACAAAACUGAAGUUAAAGUUGUGGCGUGGAUAGACCCUGCGGCGAAACCGAAAACUUUUCUCUUUGACGUCGAAAGGUUUUUGGAGUAUUUCGAGGUAGACGUAAUGGCUCGCGGAUGUGGACAUGACCGAACCGGUACUGUACGUUAUGGCAAAUUAGUGCUUUAACAUUGUACCUACGUGCUGCGCCACGGGAGUCGGACCCUGCUGUAUUUAUGAGUGACAACACUGACUACCGCUGCUGCUCCGUGUAAUUUCUAGCAUGCCACGCAGGCAGAUAACUUCUCCAAAGACUAGAAAAGUGUGCAACAGAAGCGGCACUUUCAGUAUGGUUCUUUGACGUGUUUUUACAUUUACAGAGGGUUUGUUUGUUUGUUUGUUUGUUUGUUUGUUUAAAUUAAAACUAUGUCAAUAAUGAGGCUUAGAAGAUAUUUAAGGGACAGUGGGAGGGUGCUGGCGUUUGUGUUCGUAGCUUCUGUCAUUUGGCUGCUGUUUGACAUGGCUGCUCUCCGCAUGUCACUAAACGAAGUGAAUACCGAGCUGCUAAAAGAGCGUGUGAUAAGAGAAAAGGAGCUUUUUAAACAGCAGCUGAAGGCCACGCAGCACACUAGAAGGGGGUUUAAACACCCGGUGCAGAGGAUGGACUGGACACAGGCGGGGAAAGGACCACUCACUUCAGGUGUCAAACUUGACCAGGUUUACAGACAUGGAGGCAAAGAACGGGAUCAAAAGAGGAACUUUAUUAAAAGUCAAGGAGACAAUGUUCCCAAACGUGAUAAUGGAGCUUCCCUGCACAAUUUUACUCCAAAUCAGGAAGUUCAUAGAAAGAAGAAACCUAUACAUUUUGAUCUAAAUGUAGCAGUGGCAAAUGUAACCCAGAAAAAUAAACUUGCCUUAAAGGAGGAGCCUGUUGAAGUUGCACAAAGUCAUCAGGACAAGACGGAUAAGGCAAAUAAAGCAGUUAAAAAACAGCGUCAGGCUGAGGAGGCACACCCAGUUAAAACAACACCCAAACAACCUCCCAAAAAGGAUGUAGAAAGAAUAGAGAACGAAGAUACAAAAGAGAGGGAGCAGGUCAGCGAGACUGUUAAAAGUCCUGUGAAUGAAAAAAAGGAACCUGUGAAGCCUUUAGUCGUUCUCCAAGGAGGAUCCGACUCCAAGAAUAACUCUGCUGUUAGAAAAUCAGGUGUCCACAAAGUGCUUUCUCUGGAUUUGACUUCCAGUCCUAGAGAUGCUAACGCAGUAGGCCAGUUUGGUCAGCCAGCUGUCGUUGGCUGGAAAGAAGAUGCAGAGGUGAAGAAGAGAUGGGACGAAGGCCAUUUUAACGUCUACCUCAGUGACAAGAUUCCAGUGGACCGUGCCAUUCCAGACACCAGGCCGCAGAUGUGUGAACAGAGUCUAGUCCACGAUGACUUACCUUCCACCAGUGUGAUCUUCUGCUUCGUGGAUGAAGUGUGGUCAACACUCCUCCGCUCCGUGCACAGUGUGCUCAACAGAUCUCCACCCCACCUCCUUAAAGAGAUUAUUCUGGUGGAUGACUUCAGCACAAAAGACUAUCUUAAAAAGCAGCUGGAUGAUUACAUGGCCCAGUUUCCCAAAGUGCGAAUCGUUCGUCUCAAGGAGCGCCAGGGCUUGAUCAGAGCUAGGCUAGCUGGAGCUGCUGUUGCCAAAGGUGAGGUUCUUACAUUUCUUGACUCCCAUAUUGAAUGCAAUGUGGGGUGGCUGGAGCCGCUCUUAGAGAGAGUCUAUCUGGAUCGAAAGAAAGUACCCUGUCCAGUUAUUGAAGUUAUCAGUGAUAAGGACAUGAGUUAUAUGAUGGUUGACAACUUCCAAAGGGGUAUUUUCAAAUGGCCUUUGGUGUUUGGUUGGAGUGCAGUACCACCAGAGGAUAUCAAGAAGUUUAAUUUGACCAUCUCUGAUCCUAUCAGAUGCCCAGUUAUGGCUGGGGGCCUUUUCUCAAUUGACAAACAAUACUUCUUCGAACUUGGUACCUACGAUCCCGGUCUGGAUGUGUGGGGUGGGGAGAACAUGGAGAUUUCAUUUAAGAUCUGGAUGUGCGGCGGAGAAAUCGAGAUUAUCCCCUGCUCUCGUGUGGGACACAUUUUCCGCGGGCAGAAUCCGUAUAAAUUUCCCAAAGACCGGCAGAAGACAGUGGAGCGUAACCUGGCGAGGGUGGCUGAAGUGUGGCUAGAUGAGUACAAGGAUCUUUUCUAUGGCCAUGGCUACCACCACCUGCUGGAUAAAAAGCGCAUUGAUAUUGGCAACCUCACAGAGCAGAUUGAGCUAAGGAAGAAGCUGAAAUGCAAAAGCUUCAAGUGGUACCUGGAUAAUGUUUAUCCGGACAUGGUUGCUCCUUUAGCGAAAGCUGAAGGCCUGGUCUUCAAUCGUGGCUUAAGAAAAUGCCUUGCUUUGCAUAACGGCUCUUUGUGCUUUGAGACGUGUGAUCUCAGCAAGCAGGGUCAGCACUUUAAUUACACCUGGAUGAAACACAUUCAGCAGCAGAACCUGUGUGUUGCUGCCCAAGGCAGCGGCAAUAGGUUUGCUUUACGGUCAUGUGACAGCACCAAGCCUGAGCUCCGCUGGUUCCACAAAUCCUCCAACUCUGCUCUGGCGGAGCACCUCAUAGCAGAGUUUGUUUCCAACCAUAUGUGCCUGGAAGCAGGACCUGGGAGUGAUGAUCUUCGUCUCAGCCCUUGUGAACCCAGCAAUAUGUUCCAGAAGUGGCAGUUCACGAACUACCUUGUGUAGUGGAUGAGACUGAAAUGAGUUCUAUGUGAUAAAAACGCACUACAAAAAACCUUCAGUGGCCUCAUGCUACAGCACGGUCUGUGGUCCAGCCUCAAAUCAGGACUUUCCAGGGUACAAACGAAGCGUUUUGGGGGCAUUAAUAAGCGUGAUUUCUUUUAUUUUCUUUUUUUUUAAGUGAAUGAUGUGGGAUUGUGUGCCAAAGGACUGGGACUUAGUAAUUUAAAAAAUAAUAUCCUCUACACUAUCACCUGGGAAAAAGUGAGAAGUGAGAUUCAGAUGGACAUCUUUGUUUAACACUUCAGUUCUUUAGUAAAACAUUUACAAAGAUCGAAGGUUAAACAGUGCCUUAUAGAUUCAUCAUUGCUGGGACUAAAUAAUGAGUUAAAUUGCAUGAAGCUGUUUGUGUAAAACACUUUUUUUUUAAAUAUCUCGAGAUGAGAUGUGUGCUUUGAGCGGUCAUUUGGGGAAAAAAGAUGCUUUUGUGGGGUUUUUAUGUGUCGGUUUUGCUGUGAAAACUUUGGAUGACUUUGUUUUUGUCACUAGAGGGAAGUGUUGCUUCAAAACACUCAAUAAACCUGUGCUCUGA